GGCUCCCUGAUCCCUCCCCGUGGCAGACCUUCGUCCCCGCAUCUCCAAGAGCUGUGCCAGGCCAGGGUUUGGGGUGCUGCAGAGAGACCUUCUGUUCUGGCCUCUCUUCCCUGGCAGGGGUCAAUCCCCUGAGCUCCCAGGGACCUCACACCCCGACUGCUGCCUCCCACACCCCCAGGCAGAGCCAUCUGGGCAGGCUCCUGUGUCUCCCUGCGGGGCUGGUCAUCUCAGGCAUUGCGAGGCCGGGCAAUGGCAGUAGAGUACGUCACAUACCAGGGCAUCAAGUUCCCCCCUGCAUAUAACUCUGAGCAGAGCCUGCGCUUCGCCCACAAGGAGUUCCAGGUGCAGGAUGAUGAUGUCUUCAAUGUCACCUACCCCAAAUCAGGCACAGUGUGGAUGAUCGAGAUCUUGAGCCUGAUCCGCAGCGGCGGGGACCCAGCCUGGAACCGAGCCGUCCUCAACUCCACCCGCGUGCCCUGGUUCACUACCCGCCUGGGGCUGGAGUCUGCACUGAGCUAUCCCCGACCCCGUCUGUUGACCUGCCACCUCCCCGUCCAGCUCUUCCCCACAUCUUUCUUUGGCUCCAGGGCCAAGGUGGACCAGGCAGGCUGUGCAUGGGGGUUACAGUACAGAGCCGGGGUGACAGGGGCUAAGGUGGUCUACACACUCCGCAAUCCCAAGGACGUCCUGGUCUCCUAUUUCUAUUUCUCCAAGAUGUGCAGCUCGUACAAGGACCCCGAAUCCUUUGAGCAGUUCCUGCGGGACUUUCUGAGCGGGGAUGUGCCCCACGGGUCCUGGUUUGAUCAUGUCAGAGGCUGGAUGGAAAUGAAGGGCAAAAAGAAUUUCUUCUUCAUCACUUACGAAGAGCUGCAGCAGGACCUGAGGGGCAGCGUGCGGCGACUCUGCCAGUUCCUGGAGCAGGAGCUGGAUGAGGGAGCUAUCACCUCGGUGGUGGAGAACGCCUCCUUCAGGGCCAUGCAGGAGAACAAGAUGUGCAACUCGACGCUGCUCCCCAAGGACAUCAUGGAUCAGGAGAAGGGCACGUUCCUGAGGAAGGGCAUCUGUGGGGACUGGAAGAACCAUUUCACGGUGGCGCAGAGCGAGGCCUUCGACACGAUAUACCAGGACCAGAUGGGGGGCCUGAUGGAGGCAUUCCCAUGGGGUGCACAUUAGGAAUGAACAGCAGGAAUAAAGCAAAGCAUUGAA